CACACACCGGCUGCCUGAGCCCAGCCGUGCUGCCGCCCCCUCCUCCUCCUCCUCCUCCUCCUCCUCCUCCUCCUCCUGCUCCUCCUCCGCACAAAGGCAGCACAGGCUGGAGGUGACCCAGGGGGCCCGCGCACUCACGUGGGAGGCCAGCCGCUGCUCAUAGCCAGGUACUUAUUUUUCCAUGGAGCUGGUUCGCUCAAGGACCUAGGACUGUCCCAAGUCCUGAAAGAAGAGAAUUUCCCCAGAAGAGCAGACAGAAGAUUUGAAUUCUACUUUGAGCAUCUCAAUCUUUAAUUCUGCAUAGACCAUAGAUACCCCAUCCCCCCAUAACAUCCUGCCAAACCCACCUUUACCAUGGGGGCUGUGACUUGGUUGUUGGCUGGAAUCUUCCUAGCUUUGUCCACCUUUCCAACUGAAGGAGGAGUCCUUAAGAGAGUCAUCCGGCACAAGCGACAGAGUGGGGCAAAUGUUACCCUACCAGAGGAAAACCAGCCACUCGUAUUUAAUCAUAUCUACAACAUCAAGCUGCCCAUGGGUUCCCAGUGCUCAGUGGAUCUGGAAUCCCCCAGUGGUGAUAAAGAUGUGGCCCUCCCACCAGAGCCUAGUGAAAGCUUUCAGGAGCACACAGUGGAUGGGCAGAACCAGAUAGUCUUCACUCAUCGCAUCAACAUCCCCCGCCGGGCCUGUGGUUGUGCCUCUGCUCCUGACAUCAAGGAGCUUCUGAAUCGACUGGAAGAGCUGGAGAGUGUGGUGUCUUCCCUACGUGAGCAGUGCAACACAGGGGCGGGAUGCUGUCUCCAGUCUGCUGAAGGCCGCCUGGACACCCGGCCCUUCUGCAACGGCCGAGGGAACUUCAGCACGGAAGGCUGUGGCUGUGUCUGCGAGCCGGGCUGGAAAGGUCCCAACUGCUCCGAGUCGGAAUGCCCUGGCCACUGCAACCUGCGAGGCCAGUGCCUGGACGGACAGUGUGUCUGCGACGAAGGCUUCACGGGGGAAGACUGCAGCCAGCUGGCCUGUCCCGGUGACUGCAACGACCAGGGCAAGUGCGUGAACGGGGAGUGCGUGUGCUUCGAGGGCUACGCGGGGCCCGACUGCAGCGAGGAGGUGUGCCCGGUGCCGUGCAGCCCGGAGCACGGCCGCUGCGUGGAUGGCCAGUGCGUGUGCCAGGACGGCUUCGCGGGCGACGACUGCACGGAACCCCUGUGCCUGAACAACUGCCAGAACCGCGGGCGGUGCGUGGAGAACGAGUGCGUGUGCGACGAGGGCUUCACGGGCGACGACUGCAGCGAGCUCAUCUGCCCCAACGACUGCUUCGACCGCGGCCGCUGCGUCAACGGCACCUGCUUCUGCGAACAGGGCUUCGAGGGCGAGGACUGCGGCCGGCUCACCUGCCCCCACGCCUGCCACGGCCAGGGCCGCUGCGACGAGGGCCAGUGCGUGUGCCACGAGGGCUUCGCGGGGCCCGACUGCAGCGAGCGCCGCUGCCCCGCCGACUGCCACCACCGCGGCCGCUGCGUGCACGGGCGCUGCGAGUGCGACGCCGGCUUCACCGGGGACGACUGCGGCGAGCUCCAGUGUCCCCGCGGCUGCAGUGGCCACGGCCGCUGCGUCAACGGGCAGUGCGUGUGCGAUGAGGGCUACACCCGGGAGGACUGCGGGCAGCGCCGCUGCCUCAACGACUGCCACGGCCGGGGCCGCUGCGUGGAGGGCACGUGCGUGUGCCAGGCCGGCUUCCAGGGCGCGGACUGCAGCGACAUCCGCUGUCCCCACGACUGCCACGGGCAGGGCCGCUGCGUGAACGGCAUGUGCGUGUGCGAGGACGCCUUCACCGGGGAGGACUGCCGAGAGCGCCGCUGUCCCCGCGACUGCAGCCGCCGGGGCCGCUGCGUGGACGGCCGCUGCGAGUGCGAGCACGGCUUCACCGGCCCCGACUGCGCCGAGCUCGCCUGCCCCGCCGACUGCCACGGCCAGGGCCGCUGCGUCAACGGGCAGUGCGUGUGCCACGAAGGUUUCACCGGCAAAGACUGCCGGGAGCGGAGGUGCCCCGCCGACUGCCACGGCCAGGGCCGCUGCGUGGACGGACAGUGCGUGUGCCAUGAGGGUUUCGAGGGCCCGGACUGUGCGCAGCGCUCCUGUCCCCGGGGGUGCAGUAACUUGGGGCAGUGCGUGGCCGGACGCUGCAUCUGUAACGAGGGCCACACCGGAGAAGACUGCUCGGAGGUCUCUCCUCCCAAAGACCUUAUUGUGACCGAAGUGACAGAAGAGACCGUGAAUCUGACCUGGGACAAUGAGAUGCGAGUCACAGAGUAUCUCAUCAUCUACACGCCUACUCAUGCCGAUGGCCUGGAAAUGGAGUUCCGCGUACCUGGAGACCAGACAUCCACGACCAUCCGGGAGCUGGAACCCGGGGUGGAGUACUUCAUCCGAGUGUUUGCCAUCCUGGAGAACAAGAAGAGCAUUCCUGUCAGUGCCCGGGUGGCCACUUACUUGCCUGCACCUGAAGGCCUAAGAUUCAAGUCAAUCAAAGAGACAUCUGUGGAUGUGGAAUGGGACCCUCUUGAUAUUGCCUUUGAAACAUGGGAAAUCAGUUUCCGCAAUAUGAAUAAGGAAGAUGAGGGAGAGAUCACAAAAAGUCUGAGAAGACCAGAGACUACUUACAGACAAACCGGCCUGGCGCCUGGACAAGAGUAUGAGAUAACUCUGCACAUCGUGAAAAAUAACACCCGAGGCCCAGGAGUGAAGAGGGUGACAACCACACGCUUGGAUGCCCCCAGUCAGAUUGAGGUGAAAGAUGUCACAGACAACACUGCUCUGAUCACGUGGGUCAAGCCCCUGGCAGAAAUCGAUGGCAUUGAGCUUGUCUACGGGAUCAAAGAUGUGCCUGGUGACCGCACCACCAUCGAUCUCACGCAUGAAGAGAACCAGUUCUCCAUUGGGAAGCUGAAGCCAGACACAGAGUAUGAGGUGUCUCUCAUCUCUCGCAGAGCCGACAUGUCCAGCACCCCAGCCAAUGAGACCUUCACAACAGGCCUGGAUGCCCCCAGAAACCUGCGGCGCGUCUCUCAGACAGACAAUAGCAUCACCUUGGAAUGGAGGAAUGUCAAAGCAAAUGCCGACAGUUACAGAAUCAAGUUCGCACCUAUCGCUGGGGGUGACCACGCCGAGCUUGAAGUCCCCAAGAGCCAAGAAGCCACAACCAGAACCACACUCACUGGUCUGAGGCCAGGAACUGAAUAUGGGAUUGGUGUAUCAGCUGUGAAGGGGGACAAGGAGAGUGAUCCUACCACCAUAAACGCGGCCACAGACCUGGAUGCACCCAAGGACCUUCGGGUUUCUGAAACUUCGGAUACCAGCCUGAACCUGCUCUGGAAAGCACCACUGGCCAAGUUUGACCAUUACCGCCUCAACUAUAGCCUUCCAGCAGGCCAGUCCAUGGAGGUGCAGCUCCCCCGAGACAUUACCUCCUACGUCCUGAAAGAUCUGGAGCCCGGGAAGGAAUAUAGCAUCCUCCUCAAGGCAGAGAAAGGCAGACACAAGAGCAAGCCAGCACGUGUGAAGGCCUCCACAGACCACAUCCCUGCAUUGGAAAACCUCACCGUGACCAAGGUUGGCUGGGAUGGCCUCAAACUCCACUGGACCACAGCUGACCAAGCCUAUGAGCACUUUGUCAUUCAAGUGCAGGAAACCAGUGGGGUGGAGGCAGCUCAGAACAUCACAGUCCCUGGGAACCUCCAGACUGUGGACAUCCCUGGCCUGAAGGCUGCCACCCCUUAUAGGGUGACUCUCUAUGGGGUGACUCAGGGCUCUAGGACACCAGUACUCUCUGCUGAGGCCUCCACAGGGGAAACUCCCCGUUUGGGAGAAGUCACCGUGUCUGAGGUGGGCUGGGAUGCCCUCACUCUCAACUGGACAGCUCCUGAAGGGACAUAUGAACACUUUCUCAUUGAGGUGCAGGAGAGAGACACAGUAGAGGCAGCUCAGAACCUCACAGUCCCAGGAGGACUGAGGUCCAUGGACUUGCCUGGGCUCAAAGCAGCAACACACUAUAGAGUCUCCAUCCGUGGGGUUGCUCAGGACUUCAGCACAACCCCAGUUUCGGUUGAAGUCUUGACAGAGGAGGUUCCAGACCUAGGAAACUUUACAGUAACUGAGGCUAGCUGGAAUACGCUCACGCUGGACUGGACCUCCCCAGAGGGGAUCUAUGAACAGUUUGUCAUUGAGGUCCAGGAAACAGAGCGAGAUGAAGAUGUCCACAGGCUCCUAGUGCCUGGCAGCCUGCAUUCAGUGGAGAUCCCAGGACUUCGGGCUGGCACCCCUUACACAAUCACCCUGCGUGGCGAGGUCGGGGGUCGCAGAUCUCGACCCCUUGCUGUGGAAGCUAUCACAGAGGCGCUCCCCCAGCUGGGAGACUUAGCUGUGACAGAGGUUGGCUGGGAUGGCCUCAAAAACUCCCACUGGACCGCAGCCGACCAAGCGUAUGAGCACUUUGUCAUUCAGGUGCAGGAGCCAACCCGUGUGGAGGAGACUCGGAACCUCACGGUACCUGGCAGCCUCCAGGAUGUGGACAUUCCGGGUCUCAAGGCUGCCACCCCUUAUCGGGUUACUCUCUACGGGGUGACCCGGAACUCUAGGACACCAGCACUCUCUGCUGAGGCCUUCACAGCUGGAGAACCAGAAAUCAGAAACAUAGAGGUUUCUGACAUAACUCCUGACAGCUUCAAUCUCUCCUGGACAGCGACAGAGGGCGCCUUUGAGACUUUUACCAUUGAAAUUAUUGAUUCCAAUAGGUUCCUGAAGACACUGGAAUAUAAUAUCUCUGGUGCUGAACGGACUGCCCACAUCUCUGGGCUCCGCCCUAGUAAUGAUUUUAUUGUCUACCUCUCUGGAUUCACUCCCAACAUCGGGACCAAAACCAUCACUACCACAGUCACCACAGUAGCUGAGCCUCUCCUUAGUCACCUCACGGUCUCAAAUGUGACCUGGGACAGUGUGACUCUCUCGUGGAAAGCUCAGGAGUCCACCUUUGAUAGCUUUCUGAUAGAAGUUAGGAACUCUGACCGCCCCCAGGAGAUGGUGGUGCGUUCCGUGCCUGCAGUGUUCCACAGCCUUGUCAUCAGCAACCUCAAAGCUUCUUCUAAUUACACUGCCCACCUCCAUGGGCUGAUUGGUGGGCAGCAUGCUCAGACCCUGAUGGUCCAAGCAACCACAGAGCCAGAGCCACAAUUGGCCACACUAAUCCUUAGCAAUAUUACUCCUGACAGCUUCAACGUGUCAUGGACCACCCAAGCUGGGCCUUUUGCAAAGAUUGUUAUCAAUGUUAGUGAUGCUCACUCGAUACAUGAGUCCCAGCAAUUCACAGUCCCGGGAGAUGCACAGCACGCUCACAUCACCGGCUUGGUGGAGAGCACUGGCUAUGACGUUAGUGUUGCAGGGACCACCCAGACUGGGAAACCUACCAGACCCCUCACUGCCUUUGUCAUGACAGAGGCUCUGCCCCUUCUGGAAAACCUAACCAUUUUCGACAUUAAUCCCUACGGGUUCACAGUGUCCUGGAUGGCAUCGGAGAAUGCCUUUGACAGUUUCCUAGUGGUGGUGGUGGAUUCUGGGAAGCUGCUGGAUCCCCAGGAAUUCACCCUUUCAGGAACCCAGAGGAAAUUGGAGCUGAGAGGCCUUAUAACUGGCAUUGGCUAUGAGGUUAUACUCUCUGGCUUCAUCCAAGGGCACCAAACGAAGCCCUUGAGGGCUGAGGUUAUUACAGAAGCCGAGCCGGAAGUUGACAACCUUUUGGUUUCAGAUGCCACCCCAGACGGCUUCCGUCUGUCCUGGACAGCUGACGAGGGGGUCUUCGACAGUUUUGUUCUCAAAAUCAGAGAUACCAAAAAGCAAUCUGAGCCACUGGAAAUAACCCUCCUUGCCCCUGACCGUACCAGGGACAUAACAGGUCUCAGAGAGGCCACUGAAUAUGAAAUUGAGCUCUAUGGAAUAAGCAGUGGAAGGCGAUCCCAACCAGUCAGUGCUGUAGCAACAACAGCAAUGGGCUCCCCCAAAGAAAUCAUUUUCUCAGACAUCACUGAAAACUCGGCCACCGUCAGCUGGAUGGCGCCUAUGUCCCAGGUGGAGAGCUUCCGGGUUACCUAUGUGCCCGUUGGAGGAGGCACCCCCUCAGUGGUAACGGUGGAUGGAACCGAGACACGAAGCAGGCUGGUGAGACUCUUGCCUGGAGAAGAGUACCUGGUCAGCGUCAUCGCCAUGAAGGGCUUUGAGGAGAGUGACCCCGUCUCAGGGACCUUCACCACAGCUCUGGAUGGCCCAUCUGGCCUGGUGACAGCCAACAUCACCGAAUCAGAGGCUUUGGCCAUGUGGCAGCCAGCCAUCGCCCCCGUGGACACGUAUGUUAUCUCCUACACAGCAGAAAGAGUGCCAGAAAUCACACGUACGGUGUCCGGGAACACGGUGGAGUUUGAGCUGACAGACCUGGAACCCGCCACAGAAUACACCCUGAGGAUAUUUGCAGAGAAAGGGCCUCAGAAGAGCUCAAGCCUCACCACCAAGUUCACAACAGAACUUGACCCUCCAAAAGACUUAACUGCUACCGAGGUCCAGCCGGAAACUUCCCUCCUCACCUGGAGACCCCCAAGAGCAGCUGUCACUGGUUACCUGUUGGUAUAUGAAUCCGUGGAUGGUACAGUCAAGGAAGUCAUUGUGGGGCCAGAAACCACCUCCUACAACCUGGCAGAUCUGAGUCCAUCCACCCACUACACGGCCAAGAUCCAGGCCCUGAACGGGCCCCUGAGGAGCAAGUUGGUCCAGGUCAUCUUCACCACAAUUGGACUUCUGUACCAGUUCCCCAGGGACUGCUCCCAAGCCAUGCUGAAUGGGGACACAACCUCUGGCCUCUACACCAUUUAUCUCAAUGGGGAUAAGGACCAGGCGCUGGAGGUCUUCUGUGACAUGGCUUCUGAUGGAGGUGGAUGGAUCGUAUUCCUGAGACGCAAAAACGGACUUGAAGAUUUCUAUCGAAACUGGAAAGCCUACGCAGCUGGGUUUGGGGACCGCAGAGAAGAGUUCUGGCUUGGGCUGGACAACCUGCACAAGAUCACAUCGCAAGGGCAGUAUGAGCUCCGGGUGGACCUUAGGGACCACGGGGACUCAGCCUACGCCGUCUACGACAAGUUCAGCGUGGGAGAUGCCAAGAGUCUCUACAGGUUGAAGGUGGAGGGGUACAGUGGCACAGCAGGGGACUCCAUGGCCUAUCACAACGGCAGGUCCUUCUCCACCUACAACAAGGAUACGGACUCUGCCAUCACCAACUGCGCCCUGUCUUACAAGGGGGCUUUCUGGUACAAGAACUGCCACCGUGUCAAUCUGAUGGGGAGAUACGGGGACAACAGCCACAGUCAGGGCGUGAACUGGUUCCAUUGGAAGGGCCACGAAUACUCAAUCCAGUUUGCUGAGAUGAAGCUGAGACCCAGCAACUUCCGGAACCUUGAAGGCAGGCGCAAACGGGCAUAAAUUCCAGGGACAACUGGGUAAGGGAAGAAUAGGGCCCAGAGAAAGAAAAUAAUUUUACCAAAGCAUCAUCAGUACCACCAGUCUCACCACCAAGCUGCACCUGAGAAUUUGGGGCAGGACUUAAAGUUAACCAUGAUCAUCAAGGCCAAGGGCAGCGGCCCUGGCCUCGCCGUCAACUCUGCGAUUCCUUCCUUCGCACCAAAGACAGCAGUCCCCAGCGGGUUUCUGUUUUGUUGUUGAUUCAGCAAAAGUCUUCCAGUGACAGUAUCACCAUGGUGUUCCUUCUCUUGGGUGGCUCUGGGAACGGGAAAGGGGUAGGCUGUACAGUGGUAGUUUCUAGAACCAGCUGUAGUUUACACAAAGUUGUAUAAUUAAUGAUCAUUAUUUUUGUUAGCAGGCGAUUAAAUGUGUGUCCUUGGAAGCUAUUCCCCUCCUCCUAUUUUUUUUUACCUAUCACAGAAACCAGAAAGGCAAUUCUGUUUCCAUUUUAAGAAUAUGAAUUAAUAGUAUUAAUAUAAUAAUAAUGGUGAUGAAAACUAUGGAUUUUUAAGAGACCGUCCUUUCCAAAACACACCUGGACCCUACCUAAUUGUAUUUUUUUUUAAUAAAAGCACAAGUAC